UUGGGGAACAGAACAAGCCAUCGGAAGAAAAGCUAAGAAGAGCAAGCCAUCAAGAAAGCAACUAGUCUACAGAGAGAACUACAAGGCAUCAUGAAGGCUCUGACUCUCCUCUCCAUCUGUGCUCUUCUGUCCCUGUCCUGGUCCAUGGGAGCUGUUGAGCCAGAGGUUGUCGUGGACCCCGCUGCCGACACAGCCGAUGAAGCUGCACCUGCUGCUGACCCUGUGGCUGCUGACCCCGCAGCUGCCGCCCCCGAUUCAUCCUCCUCAUCGGAAUCUUCCUCCUCUUCUGAGUCUGAUUCGGCCUCAUCCUCUGAAUCUGACUCCAACUCUUCCUCAGACUCUUCAGCAUCUGAUUCUAACUCCAGCUCCUCUUCCUCUGAAUCUUCUUCCUCUGAGUCAGACUCCGCCGCCUCUGACUCUUCCUCUUCUUCUUCUUCUUCUUCUUCAUCCUCCGAGUCUUCAUCGGAGUCAGCCAGUGCUGAGGCGGCUCAGGUGGUUAUGAAGAGAGACCUGGCUGCGGUUCUCCUGAGGAGAAGAAGAGCUGCCCCAUCAGGAGACCUCACCCCUCUGCAGCUGGAAAGCCUGAGAGAGGUGUGCGAGGUGAACGUCGCCUGUGACGAGAUGGCUGACACUCAAGGCAUCGUUGCCGCAUAUAACGCCUACUAUGGACCUGUCCCUUUCUAGGUUACAGACUCAUUCACAUGGGAACUGUUUUCUGUGUCAUUUUUGUAAUAGAACGGCGCAACAACUCCCCUGAAUCCAGACAAGGAGCAGACAAUCACAAAAACAAAAAGGGUUUGGCCCAUGUUAUGAUGCUAGAUGAAGCUUUUUAGGCACAAAUCCUUGUGACCAGCUUUAGUGGUCCUGUGUAAAAAGGCUCCUCCAGGCUUUCAGAAAAAGGCACAUGGAAAAACAAGCCUGUGAAGUAUGUAGUAGCCCACAUAAGAUUAAAUUAUUAUUCACUAUAAUACAAUGAAUGGUGCUACAAGUGCAGAUGUAUUUGUAUGUUAAUGUAUUGAUGUUUUUAUAUUGUGCUUUAGUCUUACUUUAACUAGAAGCAGUAGUUCUAGUAGUAGUGGAUGUAGUAAUGAUGUACUGUAGUUUUAGUAGUAGUGUAUUGAUCAUGGUAGUGGUUGUGUGCAGUGUGUGUAAGAUGCACAUCAGUUAUCUGUAAUGACUGUUACCACAAAUUGCCUCUGGGUUUGGAAAUAAUAAAUUAUUUUUUUUGUCGAA